CAUUAAAUGUCUCCUGAGUGGACUGAAGGAUGUGAUCUUCAGCUUUUCUCUCCCACUGAACACACACACUAAUCAUUCUCUUCCCCAAAAAUACCCAUCCAUGAAUUCUUCUCCACCCAACCACGACGGAGCAACGCCGCCGCCGGCCACCGCCGAGGGCUCCUCCCGCUCCGGCUCCGCCGAUCAGCCGCCCCUGAGCCGCUACGAGUCCCAGAAACGCCGCGACUGGAACACGUUCGGUCAGUACUUAAAGAACCAACGGCCACCGGUCUCCUUAUCCCACUGUAACUGCAACCACGUGCUGGAAUUCCUCCGCUACCUCGAUCAGUUCGGGAAAACUAAGGUUCACUUGCACGGUUGCGUGUUCUUCGGGCAACCCGAUCCCCCGUCCCCCUGCACGUGCCCUCUCCGGCAAGCAUGGGGCAGCCUCGACGCCUUGAUUGGCCGCCUCCGCGCCGCCUACGAUGAAAACGGCGGCUCGCCGGAGAAUAAUCCGUUCGGGAACGGCGCGAUUCGGGUUUAUCUCCGGGAGGUCAAGGAAUGCCAGGCCAAAGCGCGAGGGAUCCCUUACAAGAAGAAAAAGAAGCGCAAGUUAAAUCCAGUUAGGGGAAUUAACGAUCAGAAUACUACCUUGAAACAGUCCACAACAAAUAUGGUCAAGUAGGGAGUUGAAUCUCUUGAGAAGUAAAGAUGGAGAAGAUAGAGGACACUGCAGCUUCUGGAAAAAUGAAUCCCCAUCUCAAAACUAGCUGCCUAGGAACUGUUAUUUGUGUAGAUUAAGGUAAGGAAAAAAGAUUCUCAGGCUUUUAAGGAAAGAAUGUCUGGGGUUGGAGACUUGGAAUUUUCAUCUUUGUUUUGUUUUUUUUGGCCCCAAGCUUAUGUAUAAUUGUAUAAAAUUGCACCAAAGUAGUUGUUGCUACUCUAGACAUACAGACAUAAUAAAUACAUAUAUGAACUUCUAUAAUGCAUGUAUGUCUGUGUGUGUAUAUUUCUAUACACAUUUGAUGUGCAGUUUGCAUGAAUUGAAGUAUAUGCAUUCAUUUCAAGGUAUUAUAA